AACAUAACUUUCGUCGAUAGCUCCAACGUAUCUCAUAGCAAUACAGUGCGACAAAGUUUGUACAGUCACCAGGACGCUGUGAAGCAUAAGUAUAAAGCAUAUGCAGCUAAGGACGCUUUAUUGAACAUCCGACCGAGCAUAAAGGUGUAGUUUUACACAUUCCAAUGCCCGGGCAUGUUGUUGGUAAAAGUAUGCUGGAUUCUACGAAGCAGUCCUUGGAAAAAUUGGAAGAACUUGUCGAGAAGAGCGACGUUGUCUUUCUUCUAUUGGAUUCUCGAGAGGCCAGGUGGCUACCUACGGUUCUCUGCGCUGCUAAGAACAAGAUUGCCAUCAAUGCAGCCUUGGGUUUUGAUUCUUAUACAGUACAGAGGCACGGUACUCGAAAUUUCACUAGUCCAGUUUCACCAGACUUGGAUGCUAGGAAUCCCUGUGGUAUGGACCUUGGUUGCUAUUUUUGUAACGAUGUAACACAGCCUGGAAAUUCACAAACUGACAGAACAUUGGAUCAGCAAUGCACAGUUAGCAGGCCGGGUUUAUCACAGAUUGCUGCAGGAUUAGCAGUCGAGUUAUUGGUAGCUUUGUUGCAGCACUCUCAAGGAAUCGAGGCUGCAGCGUUGGUGGGUAACAGCAGAGAUAUUAGCCCAAGCGAUACAGAAUUUGUAGGCUUGUUGGGAUGUAUACCGCAUACGAUACGAGGUUCCCUGUGGAAUUACGAUACUCACUUGACGAUUACUCAUAGAUUUACAUCCUGCACAGCUUGCUCUGUGCCCAUUAUCGCGGAAUAUAAAAAUCGGGGUUUAUCUUUUGUUUUGGACGCGUGUAAUAUACCGAAUUAUUUAGAAAAAUUAUCAGGAUUGGAGCAAAUACUUAAGAGGCCCGAUUUAGACGAGCUUUGUUACGCGUUGGAUAGCAUAAGCGAUGAUGAUGAGGAUGAUGGAAAUGAUGUGAUACCUUAAAUAUGCGAAUUUUUCUCUUUAACAAAGUUCUAGUUCUUGUAAUACAAUAUUUAAAGAAUUCAAUUUUACCACAUAAAAAGCAUUGGAAGAAUUUAUAAUCUAAUAUCCAUAUUCGUUAAUUGCAAUCGCUUUAUUUUAAUUUUUUUAUCAUUGUGUUGACAUUUGACAUUAAUGUAUGUCAAAAUCUCAUUGCAAGAUAUGUCUUAUUACGCUCAUGACUUGUGUAUACAGAUUUUAUGCAAAUAUUAGAAGAGUAUACAAGAGGUUACGCCUCCGAAUUUGUUUUUAAUGCUAAAUAUGUUGAAUAAAACAUUUGAAUUGCCUGAAAACU